UUCUCCAAAAUCUCAUAAGUUUUCUCCAAAAUCUCAUGAAAUCCUGCAAAAUCAUCUCUUCAUUUCCAAUUCCGAAGCUCCUACUCCCUGAGUUCCCAACUACAACUAAACACAAAUCACUGAAACUAAACCUGUGAAAUUACCGCAUACGAGGUCAUCGAAUCAUCAUGAGCUUCUUCUUCUGGGACUUAUGAAACCGGAUUUUCACCUUCACCCAGUAGGUUUUUUUAGAGAAGAAGAGGAUUUUUUGAAUGAUUGAAUGCAAGAAAGAUUCUUGCAAAGAACGCGGUAUGCAAUGAAGCCUGAUGAAGCUUUUGGACUUAUCUUCUUGUGGGAUAAUGUGGUGGUUUGAUUAUCAUACAGUGUCGUGAUAUCUUCAGGUAGACACGAGAAUGUUGAAGUUAAAUGCUUGGGAACAGCUUGCCUCCGAAGAGGUAAAAACAACCAUGGUGGUAGCUCAUCAGCAUCCGGAAUAAAAAGCCACCAGUCAGCAGAACAAAGUGCUCUGUCCAGUCACUUUUAUUCCCUUGAAUAAAACUGAAGGCUGGACCUCUAUAAUUAUCUGUCAGAGGAGAAAUUACUUAUCAUAAACCAUUGAUUGCCUAUUGUAGUAAUGAAGGAUGAAAUGGCAGACUAGUAACUGUUUCUUUUAUCAUGCAUGCUGAGAUGCCCAUAUACACGCAGCAAGUUCCCCGGAGGAAGAAAGAGCCGAGUUAUUUUGAAAGUAAACCACACCAUCACUGCUGCUAAUUGAAGUUGGUGAUGGAUCCUAGUGAACAGUACAGAGAUAGGAGACAAUAUUCUCUGAACCGACUGUGGAAGAAUAUAAUAUCAAUGCUACAUAUAAUUUCGCUGCAGACUUGAAAAGUCCACCAACAGGGAGUGAUAAUCAGGAGAUUACCGAUGUGAUUCCUGAUGAUCACGAUGAUGCUGAAGAUGUCUGUUAGAUGACGAGUAAAGAUGUCUUGGAUGGAUAUGAAGAGCUAUACCACGCAGCAAUAGACAGUGACUGGGAAGUGGCCAGUAAAUUUUUGGAGAAGCAUCCAGAAGCGAUUACAAAAGUGAUCACUACUGAUUCAGAAACAGUGUUGCACGUAGCUUUAGCUGACGCAAAUCUGAUGUUUAUAGAGGAGAUUGUGAAACUCAUUCCCACAGAGAUGCUAGAAUAUAGAACAGAAGCUGAUGGUAGUACAGCUCUUCAUUAUGCUGCCGUAUUUGGACGUGCUAAGGCCGCUGAGCUAAUAGUAAACAAAAACCUCAAAUUGACUCAGAUAGUAAACGGGGCAGGAAGGGUACCACUUAAUAGUGCUCUAAUAUCAGUUACAGCUGGACAAAGAGAGACAGUUGAGUAUCUUUAUUUCGGUAACUAGACACGAACACCCAAGUCCUUUCUCAGGACAAAGAGAGACUGUUGUGUGGCAUGAUUGAUGCUGGUUUCUACGAUAUGUGUACAAAUACUUUAUAUCUUUGGAUAUUGAACCGUGUAGUUCAUUUCUAGGGAGAGUCGUCUGUUAAAUUCUGAAACAUAUGAAGAAGUAAUAAGAUAUACAAAUAUUUACUUAGUAUAGACGGAUUACUGAAAAUACUUGAAGCCACUGAAACAUAAGUACAUUACAUCUUUCUAACAUAUUCAAACUCGUUAUUUGUAGAUAUUGCGUCGUCUCUUGUCCAGCGGUUUCCAGAAUUGGUUAUCGAUCCAACAAAGAAAGUACGUACAAGUGCAAUGAAUUACAUGGCCGAAAGGCCGUUUGCGUUUGCUAGUGGAGCCAAGCAUACAUUCUGGCAACACCUCAUCUAUUCGUUGAUUAAUGUGGACAUAAAUUCUGCAUAUGAGCUUGACAACCACACAAAAGAACGCAAUACUCAACGUGGCUUGGAAGGCACCAAUGAAGACAAAGAGGACCUGGUUGAAAGAUUUGAAGGUCCCUACAGAGACGAAGAAAACCCAACUGAGAAUUCAGAAAACACCAAAGAAGGAAAACCGAAACCGUUCAGAUGGGAAACAAUUGGAGUUAGAGUCAUGCUUCUCUACCUAAUUUCUCUCAUGAUCAAGUUCUUCGUUUUCACUGUGCGCUUCAUUUGGACACCAGUGACUCGUAUGAAAGAGUUAUUCAAACAAUUAUAUAAUGACAAAGUGAAGCACGAACAAGCCAAAGUCUUGGUUAAAUGUAUAUUUACAUCACUCAAGGAAAGAAUGACCAAGCCAGGAGUAAAAGAUUUUUUUAAAGGAUCUGACGUCAUGAAGAUGGCUAUAAGGCACGGAAGCGUUGAGUUUGUAGAGGUGUGCUUACAACUCUUUCCAUCCCUGAUCUGGGAUAAAAUGGGGGGAGAAUAUAUAUUACAAAUGGCUAUUGCUGAACGAAAUGAAACAAUUUUGAAUCUUAUAUGUAAACAAAAUGAAAAAGAAAAGAUCGAUCUAGUUUCCAAAAGUGAUGACAUGGGUAACACUAUCUUGCAUUAUGCUGCCAAGUUAGCGCCUUCUGCUCAACUUAAUUCGAUCCCUGGUGCAUAUCUUCAAAUGCAACGAGAAAUGCAGUGGUUUAAGAGGGUGGAAAACAUGAUUUCGAAGCAUAUGAAGUUUAAGAGAAAUAAAAACGGGGAAACAGCACACAGCAUAUUUACUAAAGAGCACAAAGAAUUAAAGGAAAGUGGAGAGAAGUGGCUCAAGGAUACAUCUGGAUCAUGCAUGGUAGUAGCUGCUCUCAUUGCCACUGUGGCAUUCGCGUCCGCUUUUACCGUUCCAGGAGGUAACAUUAGUGAUAACAACAGCAGUAAGAAUGGUAUCCCAGUUUUCUUGGAAUGCAAUUCAUUUAUGGUCUUUGCAAUAGCAGAUGCCUUAGCUUUAUUCUCUUCUAUCACAUCCGUACUAAUGUUCUUGGCAAUAUAUACUUCUCGGUAUGCGGAAAUUGAUUUCCUCAAAUCCUUGCCAAAUAAGUUGAUAAUAGGGCUUGCAACUCUGUUCAUGUCUAUGGCCAGUGUGUUGGUAGCUUUUGGUGCAUCACUACUUAUCAUGCUUGGGGAGAGAGUUACAUGGGUUCUCGUUCCUAUUGUGGUCUUUAGUUGUGUUCCUGUGACCUUGUUUGCAUGGCUGCAGUUACCAUUAUUUUUUGAAAUGAUUCGUUCCACAUACUGGGGUAACUUGUUUCAGGAACAUACAUAUAUCUCCAGCCUACGAAUAAAUUCAAAGAAAGAGGACUGAACUGAGAACACCGACAUUAUUGGUUGUUCAGGUCGCAUUGAGUAAAAAUCUCCUGGACUCCUAUGCUUAAUAGCCAGUAGUUUGAAGUAUCACACAAUUUGUCAGUUUGUUGUAGUUUUGUACAGUUUACUGGCAACCAAUAGCAGUCCAUUUUGAUGAGAUUGUCCAAUUGAACUUUGAAAGCAGGUUCCUCACAAAAUUCAUUUUUGUUGUAAUUUUAUUCAGAAUGUUUUUAAUUUUUUUUUCCAACUGGUUUAUCCCUGUCUUUUUCGGUUUUUAAAAUGUCCAUAAAAGAUCUUAUAGUUUGUGUUCAAUCCGAUUUCCUGUUGUUCUUCUC